AUGGAUAUAAUUAUGCUCCAUCUAGGAUCGAAUGAUUUGUGCGACAUUUUAUCAUUUCCGUCGGUUAUAGCUCGGGAUGUCUUUGACUUCGCUAAAGAUGUGUUGUGUGUUUGGCAUCCCAAGUUAGUUAUAAUAAGCCAACUUUUGCCCAGGCAGUGUGAACCUUAUAACGGCUAUAAUGCCAAGAUUUUGGCUACCAAUAUGGAGUUAGAGGCUCUUUGUUUUUCUGAGAGGGUGAUGUCUAAACGUGGAUCGAAGCGCCCAUUAGAUGAGGGUAGUGGUGAGCCGUCAACAUCUGGAUCAUGUCCCAUGUCAACGGCUGAAGACAGAUUGACCGAAAUUUUGAUUAAAAAAUUGAUUGAUAGAGGUUUGGUUAGUUCCAUCCCUACACCUACUCCACAGUCAACUGCCUCUGCUUCAACUACCUCAACUUCAGCUUCUGAAUUUACUGCCUCUACUUCAACUUCGACUGCCUCUACUCCUGGGACAUUUGUACCGUUAUCAACCACAUCGACUGGAAAUAAUCAAUCAGUGUUUUCUGUAAAUGCUGCGGCCUUGUUUCAACCUGCAGACAUUCCAGAUGCUAACAGUGCCAAGUCUGAUUUAGAUAACUUAAAAGAAAUUUUGUUGUCAUGGAAAUUGGAAAUGUUUAAAGUCAUUGAUUUAAAGGAUUAUGGAUGGGCAGAGCCAGGUUUAGGUUCGAAAGGGGAGAGAAAAAUCUGA